UACAUCGUCUAUCGGUUUUUGAAUCACCGCGAAACUCGUUUCUCCGAUUGUGGAAGAAGAUGGAGGAGUACUUGCAGUACAUGAAAACUCUCCGCUCUCAAAUGAACGACGUGGAGGAUGAAGCGGCGAAGAUUUCCGUCGAAGAAGAAAUGCAACUGACAAACGUACGCACUUUGGAAAGCGACAUUGAAUCAGCAAAAUCGGGAAUUACGCAACUCAAGGAAGACACUGAGAAGAUGAGGGCCGCAAAGGGCGAGAUAUGCUCGAAGAUAUUGGAAAAACAGAAAAGGAUUGCCUCUUUGGAGUUUGACACAAUCAAACUCUCCCAGACUUUGGAGCUUAUUCAGCAAGAGAGAGUUGGGUUAUCUUCCAAACUCUCAGAGAAGAGAGCAUACUAUAGCAAGGUUGCAGAGGACAUGAAUGCCAAAUUACAGAAGCAACAGGCCAACGGAAAGGUUGUGGGGGAAAUAAGUAAAGCUGAAGGCAUGGCUCUAUACUUUAGUGUGGGGAGUGUUGUAAGGACCAAUUUAAUCAAUGAAUUGGAUUCUGCUAAAGCAAGGCUUGAGGAGAUUCUUACUCUGAAAGCCAAGGUUCUUACCGAGAACACCAAGAUAAAACUGGCUAUCGAGGAUGUGAAGUGCAGAGAAAAUGAGUUUAAGCCGGAGCUGAAAGCAGCAGGUUUAACCGCUCUUGAAGAGGAAUAUAAAGCUCUUUUGUCAGACAAAGCUGGAGAAACUGAAUACUUGCAAUCUCUAGAGAAACAAGUUGAGAAACUUAAGGAGAUUCGUCACGUGGUAAAAUGUGCUUGUGGAGAGGUAUACAACGUCGCUUUAAAUAAGUAA